UCAUAAACUAAGAAAAGGAAAAGAGUGCAAUCCGUGCAAUCUAAAAGUGAUUUUCCUUCAAAACAAAACACCGACACCACCAGUUGAUUUAAGAAAUAAAUCGAAAAGUGCAAACCGUUUUGCAUUCUAGACUAAAGCCCUAAUGCUAUGGCAUUCCGACGAUUUUCGUUAUUUUCACACGGUUUUUGUAGCAACAAAUUCCUGAUUAUUCCAACUUUUCGCUUAUCAUCGUCUUCAAGUGCCACAGUUACAGUAAGUCAUACGGACGAUACGCACUUAAUACGAUUGAUUGGAAUUAAUCGACCGUUGAACCGUAAUUGUGUAAACAGUAGCACAGCUCUACAGCUCUUUGAAGCUUUUCAAACGUUCGAAAAUGACCCUACUUCACGUGUAGCUAUUUUGUACGGUGAAGGUGGUAAAUCUUUCUGUGCUGGUUACGAUUUAAAAGAGGUGUCGUCUGGAGGGGUGUCUCUUAAACCUUAUGAUAAAAACGAAAAUGCACCGAUGGGACCGAGUCGUAUGCUUCUUAAAAAGCCAUUGAUUGCUGCUAUUUCGGGUCCGUGUGUUGCCGGCGGUUUAGAGCUAUCACUUCUAGCUGACAUGCGGGUGGGAGACAAAUCAUCAAAAUACGGAGUACUCUGUCGUCGAUUCGGAGUACCAUUGAUCGACGGCGGCACUGUUCGAUUACCUCGUUUGAUUGGUCUCUCACGUGCACUUGAUUUAAUUUUAACUGGCCGAACGGUUGACGCAGACGAAGCAUUUUCAAUCGGACUAAUUAAUCGCAUUGUACCUGAUGGUGAAAGUUUAUCGGCAGCGAUUCAACUUGCUAAUGAUUUACUACGCUUCCCGUAUGAGUGCAUGAAUGCCGAUAGACUGUCGGCUCAUUUUUCUGUAUCCAAUUCUGUGGACGAUGGCCUAGAGAACGAAUAUGAAUGUGGACGUAAAUUGAUUGAAAAAGUAUCAAUACCCGGUGCCAAACACUUCGUCGAACAGAAACAGGGGCGUGGUGGAACUUACGAUGAUGUGAAGUGAAGAGAUUUUUAUUAGAAUAAAGUUUUACCAAUCGA